CUCUGGAGGGGUUAGCUGGGAGGCAGAGCAGCUCGGAAACUAGCUGAGCAUCAGGUAAGACUGGGUGGAAGUUCCUGUACACUGGAAAGCAGAGAGUCGGUCCUUACGGCUGAUUGUGUGCGAAUCAGAUAACAACUGCCUGGAAACGGCCACACUGUUAUUUACACCGCUCUCCGUGCCGUAGCGGUUUGUUAGGAAACACACAGGUGCUGAUCCCGAAUAAACACAUAACGCAAGGCAUGACUCUGAGCAAGGUUUCUGUUCGGUGCAUCCCGCUUGGAGGAGUCGCUGGUGCUCACGGGGAGGAUGGCAGCAGGAGGAACCCUGAGCUCCCUCCUGUUAUCAGGCCAGCCCCAGCACAUCCCCGCUCCUUAUCAGCUGGCUCCUGCCACGCUGAGCCUCCGUACAUCCCGCCUGUGGUGCUAUGGGGCCAGCCCCGCUGCCUGUCGUUGGCACGUAAAGAGGGGCUGCGACACGCGCCGUUACACGUGUGAACAAGGCAGGGCAGUUGCCAUAGGCGCAGCGAAGGGAGGCAAUGCUGGACCUCAUUAUUCUGAGCCUCCAUUUCCUCAUCUGCUUUCUCGUCGCUGUUGUGAUCUGGCGUGGACCAAAGGAUGUGGAUUUGUGCAGCUCAAGCACAGGAACCAUUGAAAUGAAGCCAGAUGGUCUCAUAUUAAUUGGCAAAGAAGAUGACAUAAAGAGGUCCCAAAGAAUAACAGCCAAAGUCAAUGGCAGAGAAGUUGUUGUUUUCUACCAUGAAGGGAAAUUUCAUGCUAUGGACUCUCGUUGCUACCAUGAAGGAGGCCCUCUACGUCUUGGAGAAAUAGAGGAUAUCAAUGGUCAAGCAUGUAUUAUUUGUCCUUGGCAUAAGUAUAAAAUUACUUUGGAAACAGGAGAAGGAUUAUAUGAAGGAAUAAACCCUUUGGAGCCCUCACCAACACCACAGUGGCAAUCAAAAGGAGUUAAACAAAGGAUUCAUAAAGUCACCAUAGACAAUGGAAAUGUUUAUGUGAGUCCUCCAGAUUUGUCUGUAAGCUUUGACUCUGAUUAUUUUGCUGAUAAAUACAAAAACAGUGGUGAUUUAGCUAUGGAAAAACAAAGCAACUCACCAGCAGCAGAGUAGUUGUGGCCAGAAAGCAGAAUCCUGGUGAAAUUCACCAAUGAAGGACCAUCGUUCUGAAAUAAAAAUGUACUGUGGCCGUACAGAUCAUCUUCAGAUUGAAUUCUAUUGUUAAUGUCAUGUUAAAGCAUUGAAACAUGUAGAAUUGAGUAGGAUAAGAAGCUCUGCAUUGUCAGAAAUGUGACUGGUCUCGUGCUAAUGAUUUUUUUUUUUUUGCACUUGCAUUUUGAAAAGACAUUUACAGCAGAGUGCUUCAUAAUAUUUGAUAUUUUAGAAAUCCUAUUUUGCUAGAAUUGUUUUAAUUUUUAGGAGGGGAUGUAGUAUAUUACUGUUUGUAAAACACAUUAUAUAGUUUAAAGUAAACAGUCAGGUGUAAAGGUUAUGUUUAUAUACUUAACAGUUUAUACUUAUAAUGCCUUCGGUAUAAAUGACAUGGAGACUUUAAACUUUUUAGAUAUACAAGUAAUGUCUGAAUGUUUAUUAAGUGCCACAAGGAGAAGUAAAAGAUUGAGCAUAUUUUGGUGACCUUUUUAUGCCUAUUUGUGUAUUACUACUGUGAUUCCAUAGAAGUAUUUAUUUUCCUUCUCCUCACUGAGCUCCUUUUGGUAGUUUAUCGAAUGAUGUGACAAGCACUUGUCAUGUAUGGCUUGUUCCUCCUGAUUCUGUUCGAUAGGGAAGAAGCAGUUUGGUAUAAAAGCCUGC